UUGGAGCACGCAGAAUAGGAUGAAAUGUAACAAAACAGACGACAACAUUGUACCUGCUUAAAGGAGCCGUGAUCUGUGUGGAAAACCCUAACAAACUCACGCCGUACAUAGAGGAAAGCCGCGGGUUUGGAAAAAGAAUGCAAGAAAAGUUGUUCCGAAGGAAGAACCGAAGAUAAAAAUUAGUACGGACUCAGGACAUUCAUGAAACUAAAGCAGACGCAGAUGAGAUCGAUCAAGGGGAUUACCGCAAAGAUGAUAAGAAGAUGAGGAAAAACAAUACAUGUGAAUUAGGAACAGCUGCUGAUUGAGGAGUUCGGUUUAAGUGGACUAUAAUGGCUUGAUUUAAUUCAGUGUAUCUAGAGGAAAGACGGCAUUCAUGCUUCAAGUUAAGAAAAAGAAACUUUGUUGCGUUUGAUUGGAAUAUUUCAUGAGACAGCGGACCAUUCACUGUGUUGAUUAUUUAUUGGUGAGGCCACCUGUUUCUUGGCUAAUUUGAAUCACCAUGUCCAAAGUGAUCCAAAAGAAGAACCACUGGACCACCAAAGUAAACGAAUGCGCCGUCUACAAGGACGUCCGCGGUGAACUGAAUGCUGAGCUUCUCGGCGGAGCGGAGAAUGGAGAGUUUGCCUACAUAGGACAAGUUAACGAAAAUGCGGUGGUUUACAAGACUGGCAAAUUAAUCGAAGGGGAAUUAAUAUUGGAAGUUGAGACGUUGCCCGUCUCCGGCUUGCCCCUGUAUGACGUCCUGACAGUGAUCAAGAAUUGUAAAGGACCGAUCAGAUUGAAAACAGUCAGACAAGGAAACAAGCUCAACAAGGACCUGAAGCGCUACCUGAGCCAGAGGUUUCAGAAGUCCUCCCCAGAUCACGAACUUCAGCAGACAAUCCGCGAUAACCUGUACCGCCAUGCUGUGCCUUGUACAACCCGUACUCCACGUGACGGUGAGGUCCCUGGAGUAGAUUACAACUUCCUGUCUGUGGAGGAAUUCCUGAAGCUUGAACAGAGUGGGACUCUGCUGGAGAUUGGAUCAUACGAAGGUAACUAUUAUGGAACACCCAAGCCACCGGUGCAGCCCCCUAGUGGGAAAGUGAUUACCUGUGAUGCUUUGCAAGACGGCCUCCCCGGCUCCCAGAACUCCACUCCCCGACGCACCAAGUCCUACAAUGAGAUGCAAAAUGCUGGAAUAGUGCCUGCCGACCUAGAGGACGAUGACGAGGCUCCUGAAAUGAACAGUAGCUUUACAGGAGACUCCAGCGAACCUGACGAGCACACCUCAGUGCGACCCUACACCACCCACAGCCUUCCCUCCUCCGCGCCGCCUAGCGCCCCGUCGUCAACCACGGACGGCCCUCAGCAGCCCCACCCACCCCUCCACCCGCCUCCGCCCGAGGAGGACCCGCUGGGGCCUCUCCCCGAUAACUGGGAGAUGGCCUACACGGAGAAUGGAGAGGUCUACUUCAUAGAUCAUAACACAAAGACGACAUCCUGGAUCGACCCCCGGUGCCUGGAUAAACCGCAGAAGCCCUUGGAAGAAUGUGAAGAUGAUGAAGGGGUUCAUACAGAGGAGUUGGACAAUGAGCUAGAGCUGCCAACUGGAUGGGAGAAAAUUGAGGAUCCUGUCUAUGGGGUUUAUUAUGUGGACCACAUUAACAGGAAGACACAAUAUGAGAACCCCAUCCUGGAGGCCAAGCGCAAGAAGCAGCUAGAGCAGCAGCCGCAGCCACCUGAAGGUGAGCGCUACGUCCGAGAAUGGAUAGAGGACCACUCGUCAGCUGGCGCCCCCCUCGCCAGCUACGCCGCCAACCACCAAGAGACCUACCGGGACCCGCCGCCGCCUGGUCCGCCGCCCGGCCCGCCACCUCCCAUCGGGGCAAAAAGAGGCAAGCCCUUCUUUACGCGCAACCCGGCCGAGCUGAAAGGGACCUUCAUCAACACCAAGCUCAAGAAGAGCCGACGAGGCUUCGGCUUCACCGUGGUGGGGGGCGACGAGCCCGACGAGUUCCUGCAGAUCAAGAGCCUGGUUCUGGACGGGCCCGCCGCCCUGGAUGGGAAAAUGGAGACCGGUGACGUGAUAGUCAGUGUGAAUGACACCUGCGUCCUGGGCUAUACUCACGCCCAGGUGGUGAAGAUCUUUCAGUCCAUUCCCAUCGGCUCCAUGGUGGACCUCGAGCUUUGCCGCGGCUACCCGCUGCCGUUCGACCCCGAUGACCCCAACACCAGCCUGGUGACCUCCGUGGCCAUCGUGGACAAGGAGCCCAUCAUAGUGAACGGGCAGGAGAGCUACGACUCCCCGUCGAGCCACGGCAGCCAAGGCGGCAGCCAGAGUGGCAGCAGUGCCAACGUCGCGGGCAGCAUGGCGGGCAUCAACGGCAUGCGCGAGCCAAGGCCCCACAGUCCCUCGGCCGAUGUGGCCUCGAACGGUUCGCACGGCUACCCGAACGACGUCGUGACGCUCGCCUCGUCCAUCGCCACACAGCCCGAGCUCAUCACCGUGCACAUGGAGAAGGGCGACAAGGGCUUCGGUUUCACCAUCGCCGACAGCCCGUCGGGCGGCGGACAGCGCGUCAAGCAGAUCGUGGACUACCCACGAUGCCGCGGGCUGAGGGAGGGCGACAUAAUCGUGGAGGUGAACAAGAGGAACGUGCAGAACCUGACGCACAACCAGGUGGUGGACAUACUCAGCAAGUGCCCCAAAGGAAGCGAGGUUACCAUGUUGGUUCAGAGAGGGGUGGCACCUGCGAAGAAGAGCCCCAAACUGCAGCAGUUGGAGCGUAAGGACAGCCAGGGCAGCUCUCAGCACAGCGCCUCCAGCCACCGCAGCGGCCACGCCAGCGACUCCCCGGCUCACGCCUCCCAGGCCCCCACCACCGAGACGGCCGCCCUUCCGCCGCCGCCCCCCCAUGCCCAGCCGCCGCCCGGCCUGCCCCACCAGGAGCCGGCGCCGCCCGCGGCCGACGGCACCAUCCAGAAGAAGCCGGACCCCUUCAAGAUCUGGGCCCAGUCCAGGAGCAUGUAUGAAAGUAGGCUGCCGGACUCUCAGGAGCAAGACAUCUUCCUGUGGAGGAAGGACACGGGCUUCGGGUUCAGGAUUUUGGGAGGAAAUGAACCCGGGGAACCAAUCUACAUCGGCCAUAUUGUGAAGUACGGCGCCGCGGACGAGGACGGCCGGCUGCGCUCCGGGGACGAGCUGAUCUGCGUGGACGGCACGGCGGUGGUGGGCAAGUCCCAUCAGCUGGUGGUGCAGCUCAUGCAGCAGGCCGCCAAGCAGGGCCACGUCAACCUGACCGUGAGGCGCAAGUCAGGUUUCGGAGUGAAAGUGGACGGCGAGGUGCCACCGUCGCCCGCCUCGUCCCACCACAGUAGCAACCACGCGCCCUCGCUAACCGAGGACAAGCGCACGCCACAGGGCUCCCAGAACUCCUUGAACACGGUCAGCUCCGGCUCGGGCAGCACCAGCGGCAUCGGCAGCGGCGGAGGGCCGGGGCCGGCAGUGGUCAACACGGCCGUGCAGCCGUACGACGUGGAGAUCCGCCGCGGGGAGAACGAGGGCUUCGGCUUCGUCAUCGUCUCGUCUGUCUCGAGGCCCGAGGCGGGCACCACCUUUGCUGGAAACGCAUGUGUGGCCAUGCCCCACAAAAUAGGUCGCAUCAUCGAGGGCAGCCCGGCUGACCGGUGCGGCAAGCUGAAGGUGGGCGACCGCAUCCUGGCCGUCAACGGCUGCUCCAUCACCAACAAGUCCCACUCCGACAUCGUCAACCUGAUCAAGGAGGCCGGGAACACAGUCACGCUCCGGAUCAUCCCAGGUGACGAGUCGUCCAAUGCGUCACUGCUGACCAAUGCUGAGAAGAUCGCUACCAUCACCACCACACAUGCACCUCAACAACAAGCUGCACCUGAGCCCAGGAACAACACUAAACCAAAACAGGAGUCGUAUGAGUUCAAAGCCCCCCAGCCUCCUCCUCCACCGGCUCCUAGCCAGGCCCCUCCUCAGGACGCAGAGUUCUACUCGGUGGACCUGGACCGGGACAGUAAAGGCUUUGGCUUCAGCCUGCGCGGCGGCCGCGAGUACAACAUGGACCUGUACGUGCUGAGGCUGGCCGAGGACGGCGCCGCCGUGCGCAACGGCAAGAUGAGGGUGGGCGACGAGAUCCUGGAGAUCAACGGCGAGAGCACCAAGGGGAUGAAGCACGCCCGCGCCAUCGAGCUGAUCAAGAGCGGCGGGCGGCGGGUGCACCUGGUGCUCAAGCGCGGCGACGGCUCCGUGCCGGAAUAUGGUGGGUCAAUCUACGAAAACAUUCCCUUCUCGCCCAUGUUCACCCCCUGAGGUGUCCACACGACGUGGUGUGUGUGGGAAGGGUGCACAGGGCGGGGCGGGGGAGACUCUGGCUUCCUGUCAUGCUGUGGGGUUCUAGGCCUUCCUCCUCCUGCUGCCUUGUGGGUAUUUUUUUUUCUUCUGUCUCUCUCUCUCUCUCUGCCAUCCUCUUCUUCACGUCUGAGUGCCACACGGGGGGGUCUGA